AUGUCCAUUCGAAGCCGAAAUAGUUCGUUGUUAAUCAUUUGCUCUAUGACAUUGUCCUUGUCUUUUCCCCGCCAGAGAAAAGUGUACUCUUUCCCUCACAAAACAUUCCCGACUGUGGAAGCCGCGUGUCUCUUGAAGCUCUGCAAUCUCCAUUCGAAGCCGAACGCUGCAAUAUCCAUUCGAAGCCGAAAUAGUUCGUUGUUAAUCACUUGCUCUUUGACAUCGUCCUUGCCUUUUCCCGCCAGAAGAAAGUGUACUCUCUCCCUCAUGAAAGAUUCCCCGACUGUGGAAGCCGCAUGUCUCUUGAAGCGCUGCAAUGUCCAUUCGAAGCCGAAAUACGCUGCAAUGUCUAUUCAAAGCCGAAAUAGUUCGUUGUUAAUCGCUUGCUCUUUGACAUCGUCCAUGCCUUUUCCCGCCAGAAGAAAGUGUACUCUCUCCCUCACGAAAUAUUCCCGAUUGUGGAAAACCGCGUGUCUCUUGAAGCGCUGCAAUGUCCAUUCGAAGCCGAAAUACGCUGCAAUGUCCAUUCGAAGUCAAAAUAGUUCGUUGUUAAUCAUUUGCUCUUUGACAUCGUCCUUGCCUUUUCCCCGCCAGAAGAAAAGUGUACUCUCUCCUCAUGAAAGAUUCCCAACUGUGGAAGCCGCAUGCCUCUUGAAGCGCUGCAAUGUCCAUUCGAAGCAGAAAUUGUUCGUUGUUAAUCACUUGCUCUUUGACAUCGUCCUUCCUGUUUCCCCGCCAGAAGAAUGUGUACUUCCCCUCAUGAAAGAUUCCCGACUGUGGAAGCCGCGUGUCUCUUGA